AUGGAGAAGGCAGAGAGCGAGAAGAAGGCAUCGUCGGUCUCCGACGUCGGUGCAUGGGCAAUGAACGUCACUAGCUCCGUCGGGAUCAUCAUGGCUAAUAAACAGCUCAUGUCAUCCUCCGGCUUCGCCUUCACCUUCGCGACGACUCUCACCGGAUUCCACUUCGCGCUCACUGCACUCGUCGGCAUGGUCUCCAACGCCACCGGCUUAUCGGCAUCCAAGCACGUCCCUCUCUGGGAGCUUCUCUGGUUCUCCCUCGUCGCCAACACCUCCAUCGCCGCCAUGAAUUUCAGCCUCAUGCUCAACUCCGUUGGCUUCUACCAGAUUUCGAAACUGAGCAUGAUCCCGGUAGUGUGCGUGAUGGAGUGGAUUCUCCAUAACAAGCAUUACUCGAGGGAAGUCAAGGCCUCUGUCAUGGUUGUUGUUGUGGGAGUUGGAAUCUGUACUGUUACUGAUGUUAAGGUUAAUGCUAAAGGUUUCAUUUGUGCUUGCACUGCUAUUUUCUCCACCUCUCUCCAGCAGAUUUCAAUAGGUUCACUGCAGAAGAAAUACUCAAUUGGAUCUUUCGAGUUGCUGAGCAAGACUGCUCCAAUCCAAGCCCUUUCCCUCCUCAUCUUUGGUCCUUUUGUUGACUAUUUCUUGAGCGGCAGGUUCAUUACUACUUACAAGAUGACUUACGGUGCCAUUUUCUGCAUUCUUCUCUCUUGUGCAUUGGCGGUUUUCUGCAACAUAAGCCAGUACCUCUGCAUCGGGAGAUUCUCUGCUACUUCAUUCCAAGUUCUUGGACACAUGAAGACAGUUUGUGUCCUGACAUUAGGAUGGCUGAUCUUUGACUCCGAGAUGACGUUCAAGAACAUUGCAGGGAUGUUCUUGGCGGUGGUGGGAAUGGUGAUUUACAGUUGGGCGGUCGAGUUAGAUAAACAGAGACAGACGAAAGCCACACCGCACGGUAAGAACAGUAUGACGGAAGAUGAGAUUAGGCUUCUCAAAGAAGGUAUAGAACAUAUGAAUUUAGAAGACAUGGAGCUUGGAGAUGUCAAAGCAUAAGUUGAAUCUCUUUUUUUUUUUUUUGGUUUUUACUUCUUUUAUGUUGCCUUUUCAUUUGUAUUAUUUGUCGCGAAGAACCUUUAAUUUGAUGAGCUCUCUCCUCUGCAGAGCACGUUCUCUAUGUUUCUAUAGAUAUAUGUUUUUUUGCUUCUUUGCUUAAUAUUUAUAUUCUUUAUUGCACUUUUCACUUGUAUUAUGAUUAUGCAAUUUUUCUAUAUUCUUUAUUGCACU